AUGCGCCGAAACCCGCCACCGUUCCCAUUCAUCUUCUUCAAGCCCACUACCUGCAUCCUCGAUCACGGCGAGGAUGUUGAAAUACCCAAGAUUGCGCAGGACGACCAAGCAGACUAUGAAGGCGAAUUGACGCUAGUCAUCGGGAAAGAUGCCAAAAACGUCCCGCUCGAAGACGCGCUCGAUUACGUCGCCGCCUACACGGCUGGUAAUGACAUCUCCGCCCGCCGCCUGCAACGCGAUCCCAAACUCGCAGGUGGUGUCCCGCAGUGGGGUUUCUCAAAAGGCUUCGACACCUUCGCGCCUAUUGGGCCGGCGCUCGUGGCUGCGGACCUGAUUGGAGAUCCGAAGGAGCUGCUACUGCAGACUAUCAUCGACGGGGAGGUGAGGCAGAGGGAAUACGUGAGCGAUUUGCUGUUCGAUUGUGCGUAUCUUGUGCACUAUCUGUCCUCGGGCACGACGCUGCGGAAGGGUUCUUUGAUUAUGACGGGGACACCGGGUGGGGUGGGGGCGGGGUUGAAGCCUCCGAAGUAUCUUGUUGAGGGUACGGUUAUGGAAGUGUCCAUCAGCAAAAUUGGGACUUUGAGGAAUGGAGUGACGUUUGCUUGA